AUGGCUCCCUCAACAACCAAGCAGUGGACUAUACAAGGAAAGGAAGGCUUCGAAUCACUCAAGUGGGAUGAGAAGGCGCCAGUGCCGUCGCUGGGCGACAAGGACGUCCUCGUCAAGUUCCAUGCCGCGUCGUUAAAUUUCCGUGAUCUUGCCAUCCCCAAGGGCAAGUACCCGUUUCCGGUCAAGGAGGGCGUGAUCCCGGGAUCAGAUGGAGCUGGAGUUGUCGAGGCCGUCGGCCCCAACGUUACAAGAUUCAAGGUCGGUGACAAAGUCGCAACCCUCUUCAACCAAGGCCAUCUCGCCGGCUCCCUCAACCCCUCUAUCCUCGGAACUGGACUCGGCGGCGUCGUCGAUGGCGCUCUCCGCGAGUACGGCUCCUUCGACGAGCAAGGCCUCGUGCACAUACCCUCCAACCUCGACUUCGCCGAAGCCAGCACCCUUCCCUGCGCCGCCCUCACCGCCUGGAACGCCCUCUACGGCCUCAAGAAAUUGGAGCCCGGCCAAACCGUCCUCACUCAAGGCACAGGCGGCGUCUCCAUUUUCGCACUGCAAUUCGCCAAAGCCGCUGGUGCACGCGUCAUCGCGACCACCUCUUCGCCGGAGAAGGCCGAAAUCCUGAAGAAGCUCGGCGCCGACCACGUCAUCAACUACAAGGAGAACCCCAACUGGGGUGAGCAGGCGCAGUCGCUUUCCCCGGGUGGCCUCGGCGUCGACCACGUUGUCGAAGUCGGCGGGCCCACGACGAUGAAGCAGUCCCUCGUGGCCAUCAAGAUCGAUGGCGUGAUCAGCAUCAUUGGGUUCAUCGGCGGCUUCUCAAAGGACCAGCCCUCGUUCCUCGACUGCCUGAACAACAUCUGCACUGUGCGCGGUCUGCUUGUUGGUUCCCGCCAGCAGUUUGAGGAUAUGAACGCGGCUAUCGAGGCCAACGAUAUCCACCCCAUUGUCGAUAAUAAGGUUUUCACACUGCCUGAGCUCAAGGAGGCGUAUCAGUACAUGUUUGACCAGAAACACUUUGGCAAGCUGGCUAUCAAGAUCGCCGAAUAGACGGAACCACGAAUCUCAUGAUAUAGAAAGUCGUAGACAUUUAAUUCGCUGUCAAUCAACUCAGUAUUGUCGGUUGCUGUUCAACUACUCAUCACCUCGACUGCAUCAAGAUUUCUCUCCUUCGACACAACAACCUGUGCCACACGUGCAGACGCUCAAUAUUGUCGCUUUCUGUUAAACGCCAGCCUGUUGCAUACCACAAGUUCCCACAGCCGUGUGAGCACUUCGCCUAAAUUCAUGAUCUAUACAAAGUGUCUGGUCGUUACCAACACACUCAAAGCAUAACGUACGAAGAUGGUUCUGUUCAAU